AUGCUUUUGAAGUCAGGACUGUUCCUCACUUUGUGUCUGUUCACCCUCCAAGCAAGUCGAAUCAAAGAUCUGAGCGAGCACGGCCUCGCUGGACUCAGGGAUGUGAGGUACAGACACUUCCUGGAAGCGUCUCGGCCGGUCAGACAUGCGACCAACGCCAGAGCGGAGCGGGACAGACAGCGGGACAAGAGGUCGGCGCUCCUCAACACGGGCGUCAAGGUGUGUCCUCAGGAGACGAUGCAGACCGUCAUCGGGAGCCACCGGGCCUACUACAAGCUGAGAGUGUGUCAGGAAGCCAUCUGGGAGGCGUUCCGGAUCUUCUUCGACAGAGUGCCGAGCUCGGAGGAGUACGGGUCCUGGGUCUACAGCUGCCAGCACCAGAACCUGUGCAUGGACGACCUGGCCCAGAACUUCAGCAGCGCCCAGGAGCACCGGGACAUGGUGGCCAGAAGAGUUGCAGAACAAGCAGAAGUUGAAGGGUGGGUGAAACUGAGCUCUCUGAUGGAUAUUAAGGAGGAUGCCAGCCUGAUUAAGGAGAACUCUGAGGAGUACAUUGUGGAGUUCAGCGUCACCGUCGUAGACCCGGAAUUCAGUAAACUGCUCAGCGGCCCCGGAGCGCCUCAGUACGACCACAUCACCCGGGAGCUGACAGAAAAAAUGCUUCAUACGUUUAAGAAAGUUCCAGGUUUCAAAGAGAUUCGUGUUCUGGGCUUUCGGUCGGAGGACGUGUCUGUCCGCUACGCCGUGGUCUUUAAUGGAGAGACGGAGCUGAACGACGACCCUGACGGCUUCCAGGAGCCCGACGAGAAGACGGACCAGGAUGUGAACGCUCCGAAACUGAAGAACAUCAUCGUUACAGCCCUGAAACAGGAGCCGUCGCUGCCGCUGGACAUCCAGACGCUCAGCUUUGAGGCCGUCACCACGGUUUAUCCUGUGGCGGCGCACGGCAUGAAUCCUGCUGAAUCAGCGGAACCUGAGGACCACGUCGUCACCUCCACCCACAGCUUCUUCCCCACCGUGGCUCUCCUCCAAAACACUUUGGCAGCAUCGAGCAUCGAGCCUGACACCUCCACCUCUUUGCCUUUCAUCUCCAUGGUCCUCCCAGAAGCCACUGGGGAGGGAGUGGAGGAGGAGUCCAUAGGAGGAGAAGCCGAGCCUGCUGAUGGCCACAGUGAGCUGGACCUGGAGCCGCAGGACGAGGACCGCUCUGACUCCCAGCCUGAGGACGAGCCGACCGCCGCUCCGGCUGGCGUCCCGCCAGGGUCUGCCCAAGCCCCGCCCCCGCCGGAGGACAGCAUCCAGGGCCUGGAGCCACAGGAGGAUUCCAGAGAGGGGCACGGCGGAGGAACUGCAGUCCCCGUCGACCGACAUGCUCAGAAUUCCAGCACUGAGGAGGCGGCAGGAGGAUGUGAAAACAGCACGGACGCAGAGGAGGCCAACUCCCCAGGAGAGGACAGCGGCAGUGGAUUAGCGUCGGAGUCGGAUGAGCGGCCGUACGAAUCCACGGCUGCGCCGACCGUCAGGCCGGCCAGCACUCCUGCCAUGGCAGCAGUGGAGCGCAGCAAAGAGCUGGUGGUUUUCUUUAGCUUGAGGGUCACUAACAUGAUGUUUUCUGAUGACCUGUUCAACAAGAGCUCUCCAGAGUAUAAAUCCCUGGAGAAUACCUUCCUGGAGCUGACACAGCACUCUGGGUCCAGAAAGCCACCAAACCCUGGAGCUUCCAGUAAAUCUGGGCCGCAGACACAGACUACGUUAGCCUCCAUCCCGGUACUUCUUCUCUUUUCCAUAUUGGAACUUGCAUCUCUAAUGCCUCAGAGAGAGCGUGACCUUUCUAUUUCCUCACUAACCUUUUCCAAAUGCAGUAUUUUCAAAUUCCUAAAGAGGAAGAACCCGCCAUCUGGGAACAGCUGCUCUCUGUGUUCGGUGUUGGGUAAAGGCCUCACGCUGGAGCCGCUUCCAACACAAACCGGAUUGUUUGUUUGCUGCAAAGGCUGGAAGCUCCUGCCGUAUCUGGAGACCAACCUGACCGGAUUCCGGCAGCUGGAGAUCCUCAACUUCCGGAACGGGAGCGUGGUGGUGAACAGCAGGAUGAAGCUGGACAGGCCCGUCCCCUACAACGUGACGGAGGCGGUGCACUGCGUGCUGGAGGACUUCUGCGACGCCGCGUCCAAACGGCUGGACAUCGAGAUCGACAGCCGCUCGCUGGAGGUGGAGCCAGCCGACCAAGCAGAUCCCUGUAAGUUCCUGGCCUGCAACGAGUUUUCCCGCUGCGUGGCGAACAGCUGGACCGGGGAGGCCGAGUGUCUGUGCGACCCGGGAUACAGCACGGUGGACGGAGCGCCCUGCCAGAGCACCUGCAGCCUGCAGCCCCACUACUGCCUCAACGGCGGCCUGUGCGAGAUCAUCCCCGGCCAUGGAGCCACCUGCAGGUGUCCGGUGGGGAAAUACUGGCACUACCACGGAGAGCGCUGCAACGAGCUGGUGUCCCUGCCGGUCGACCCCCCGCUGAUCAUCACCUGCCUGGUGGGGAGUCUCUGCCUGGUCUGCGCCGUCCUCGGCAUUUUGAUAUUCAUCAACAAGAAAUGCGUCGCCGCGAAGAAGGCAGUGACUCUGGUGCACACCCUUGCUCCUUAUGCCUUUGAGAACACUGUGAGGGUCAACCCCGUGUUUGAGAGUGAGGAGGAUGCCUUAACUCAGGUGUCCACCUUACCGUGUCCCUCCAGCUCCGCCUCGUCCCCGUCCCCUCGCUCCCAGCAGCAGCACUUUGCCUCCAUUGAAAACAUACAUCUCAGUAUCGAGAUCCCCAGACAGCUCUACAGCAGCAGAUCAGAGCCGUUAGAGUCAGGGACCUCAGGUUUCCGCCGCGGCGCUCCUCACAGCCAGACGUGGAGGCCCAGUGAAUACCGGACGCGCUGUCUCUUGAGGGCGGCGGACAGCGACUGUUUGGAAGUGACGGUUCUCUGA